AAAACAUCGAAGAUUUUGAUCCAACGUAUACCAAGAGUUUCGGAGACGACGUCGUUUUGUCUCUGCGCCGCGUUCUUAGUCUGAGCUCACGCUUGUUCGUUUCUCCUCUAACGUCAACUGUGUUUUUGCAUCCUCAAAGGGUUUAACAUAGUUGGGGCUAGGAAUUUUCAUGGUUUCUGUUGGUUCUAAAUCAUUGCCAUCUAGGAGGCACAGGACCAUUGAGGAAGAUAGCUUGAUGGGUGAACGAGGAAAGUCUAGUAACAAUCACAGUGAAAGGAAUAAGGGAAUGCGUAGGAAGGACCAUAAGGGUAACCGUGGAUUUGAUGUAGAUAGCAGCAAGAAGAACCAAUCCGGUGGUGCCCCCAAUGUAAAGCCAGCAUCAAAGAAACACUCCGAAUUCGAACAUCAGAAUCAAUUUGUCAGGAAAGAGAUUGAUCCAGAGACUUCAAAGUAUUUCUCUGAGAUUGCCAAUCUCUUUGAUAGUAAUGAAGUUGAAUUAGAGGAACGUUCAGUAAUAUGUGGAAAUGCCCUUGAAGAAACAAGAGGGAGGGAGUAUGAAAUUGCUACAGACUAUAUCAUAAGUCAUGUCUUGCAAACUCUACUUGAGGGAUGUGAACUUGACCAACUCUGCAGUUUCAUACGAAAUUCUGCUAGUGUGUUCCCAGCCAUUGCAAUGGAUAGAUCUGGUUCUCAUGUCGCAGAGUCUGCUCUCAAAUCCUUGGCCACACAUCUAGAAAAUCCAGACGCCUAUUCUGUUAUUGAGGAGGCUUUGCAUUCUAUAUGCAAGGUGAUUGUGGAUAAUCCUCUUGAUAUGAUGUGCAACUGCUAUGGUUCGCAUGUACUACGAAGGCUUCUUUGUCUUUGCAAAGGAGUCUCUUUAGAUUCCCCUGAGCUUUAUGGCGCAAAAUCAUCAAAAGCUCUGGCCAAACGUUUGAAUCUGAAGAUGUCUCAGCUAGAUGACAAUAAUUUAGAAAUCCCUCAUCAAGGGUUUCCAGGUAUGCUCACGUACCUUUUAUCUGGGCUAUUAAGUUGUAGCAGAGAGGACAUGAAGUAUCUUCAAGUCGAUCAGUAUAGCAGUUUGGUCUUACAGACGGCUCUCAGACUAAUGCUGAAACAAGAUGAGCAGUUGCUUGAAAUCAUUCCGCUUAUUCUGCGCUGCAACUCUACUAAUAAAAAAGUAGAAGGGUUUCAUAUAGAGACUAAUGUUGCCAAAGAAAUUUUAGAGUCGAUGAAGGAUAAUUCAUUCAGUCAUCUGGUGGAGGUUAUUUUGGAAGUGGCCCCUGAAAGUUUGUAUAACGAAAUGUUCAACAAAGUUUUCAAGAAUUCUUUAUUUGAGCUUUCAGUUGAUCGGUGUGCAAAUUUUGUUAUUCAAGCAUUAAUCUCCCAUGCAAGAGACCAAGAGCAGAUGGGUAUUAUGUGGGAAGAAUUAGCUCCAAGAUUCAAGGAUCUUCUUGAGCAAGGGAAGUCAGGUGUUGUGGCUUCUCUGAUAGCAGUUAGCCAAAGGCUUCAAAGUCAUGAAAAUAAGUGUUGUGAGGCCCUUGUUGGUGCAGUAUGCUCCACAAAUGAAUCCCGUAUCUCCAUUCUUCCACGGUUGCUGUUUCUUGAUUACUACUUUGGUUGUCGAGAUAAGUCUACAUGGGAGUGGGCACCUGGUGCAAAGAUGCAUGUCAUGGGUUGUUUGAUACUUCAGGGGAUUUUUAAGUUUUCUAGUGAUCAUAUACAGCCAUACAUAACAAGCUUAACUUCUAUGAAAGCUGAGUAUAUCACUGAAACGGCAAAAGAUUCCAGUGGAGCACGUGUCAUCGAGGCCUUUCUUGCCUCAGAUGCUGCUACAAAACAGAAACGUAGACUAAUUAUAAAAUUACGUGGACAUUUUGGCGAGCUCUCAUUACACACGUCUGGUUCAUUUACAGUUGAGAAGUGCUUCGAUGCAUGUAAUUUGACACUAAGGGAAGCCAUAGCAUCUGAACUGUUGGAUGUGAAAGUUGAUCUCUCGAAAACAAAGCAAGGGCCUUAUCUGCUUAGGAAACUUGAUAUCGAUGGUUAUGCCAGCAGACCUGAUCAGUGGAAAUCAAGACAAGAAGCUAAGCAAUCAACAUAUAACGAAUUUUGCUCUGCAUUUGGGUCCAACAAAUCAAAUUUUCCAAAGAACACCUUUGUCUCUGACGCAUCUGAGGAUGCAGCUCAGGAAAUAGAAGUAAAGAAUACAAGGAAAGAGAUUGACCAUCAUCCUACUUCCGGGUUUAAGCGUCACCGAGAAAAACAUGCAAAGGAUAAGGAUGAACCUUUUGCAGGUGAAAAAAGAUCGAAACAGAAGAAGAAUAAAACUAGUGAAGCAACAGAUAAACCAAAACUAGCUGGCAGCAAAAGACCUUUCCUUUCUGGUGAGAUGACUGGAAAGAAUCGGCAUUCAAAUAAAAUGAGAAUUUGAAGGUUAGACUCCUUACUCUUGUCAUAUCUAGUCAAGCUGUAUUUUCCUCAUCUCUGUGACACAGUUCUUUUUUCCUCAUCUCUGUGACACAUUUACAAGAAUGCUAAUAAAAAGUCUUUUCAUAUAACACUACAAAAGAACUUAUAGAGGUCUAAGCACACUCUAGGAACUGUUAACAGUAGCAAAGCUUACAGCAUCCAGAAAUAAGUGCAAAGACGCUAUACUACCCAAAAAAAAAAACAGAUCCAAGCGAAAAAUAUAUGAAAUCUAUGGUUUUCUUGCUGUGAUAUGUUGUUUCCUACUUCCUCUUACAUCUGUUAGGGGAUCAAUCCUGGUACAAAAAUACACACUCUUGGUGUCAAUCAUACCCUUUGGAAUACAUAAAGAUUGAAAGAAAAUUGAGUGGUGUGGUUUGUCUUUACUUGUUCUGUAUAGGGCUGGAGCCAGUCCUUGGGAUUCUUCGGAAGCUAUCUUUUUCACCUCUUAGAGACUCUCCUUUCAUCUCCUGGCUUAUCUUCAAAUCUCUCACACCUUUACUAGAAGCUAAAUCCAUGGAAGCUGGCGCCAUCUGACGACACUCUACAUUAUACUUGCUGCUAAACAAAGCUAGAAGUAACAGACAGAGAGCUGCUGAGAUCGAUGCCGAUGUAUGGAAUCUCUUCAUUGUGAAAUUUCUUUUUGAUCUGUUGUGGUCUUAGGUUGUUGUGUUCCUUGAGACUGCUAUUGAGAAAACUUUAGGGUAGCGAGCUUAUGUUUGAGUUAAAGAGCGAGAAUCUUUGUUGCUUUGUAGAUUAUAUUAUCGAUUCAUGAAACUUUUUGGGAUCUAAUCACGUGAUCUAGUUUGACUGCUGUGCCAAUAAUUUCCUUAUUGUUUUC